AUGAAUGAAAAUGGAUGGAUAUUUCCUGAAACUUGUUCUCAAUCAAAUGAGACGUUUAUGAGGAUCGACAUUCUUUAUCGUCACCAUAUUAUAAAUUGGCCAAAUUUUACAAAUUGUCUACCAAAUUGUGGUUUAUGUCAAACGUUCGCCUCAGAUGCAACAUAUAAUAUUGUUAAUUUAUUUCUGAUUGGUUCGAUUCUUCCACUGAUUGGAUUCUGUGGCCUAGUUGGCAAUUCGUUGAGUGCUUUCAUUUAUAGUCGAUCUGAAAUGCGUUCAUCGACAAAUUUAUAUCUUUGUGCACUGGGCUGUAGCGAUUGUGCAGUUAUAUGUACAGCAAUAUUUUUAUUUUGCAUUGAUAGUAUACGACGAUACUCGUUAUAUCUUUCAUUAAUAUUCGGUUCAUUAUCACCACUUAUCUAUCCAGCAGGAAUGACCGCACAAACGUGUUCCGUUUAUUUUACGCUUGUCGCUGGUGCUGAUUGUUUUGUCCAGGUUUGUUUACCUGAAAGCAUACGCAGAUGUGCUUCUCGUGGUGGAUUCAUCAAAUUUAUGAUUAUUUUUGUCAUUAUAUUCAGUAUUAUAUAUAAUGUGCCACACUGCUUUGAAGCUAUUGUUAUUGAAUGUUGGCACUUACAGUUCGAGAAUCGAUCACUCGAAGUAUGCCCAGAUCCAUUUCGUUUUUUACCCAGUUAUAUGUUGAUUUAUUACAAAUAUAUGUAUUCUCUUUUUUUGGCAAUUGGUCCACUCAUCAUUCUUGUUUUCCUUAACUUAUGCAUUAUUGCUGCUUCAGUGGUUUCGAAAACUGAAAGUGGAAACUCUGGAGAUACAAUCGCAUUAGUUCUUGUUGUGCUAUUGUUUAUUUCAUGCAACGUUGCAGCUUUAUUGCUCAAUAUAUUUGAAGCCCGUUUAGCCGACAUACUUGGACAUCGCAUAAAUUAUGUUGUUGAUGCAUCCAAUCUACUCGUUGUAUUCAAUUCAUCAUUUAAUUUCGUAAUUUAUGUCACCUUUUCUAAUGCUUUUCGAACCACCCUACAGCGAUACUUUCGUCGACCAAAAUCGAUUAAUUGUGGCAAAAAUACUGCCGUUAGCUGGAAUUCAUCGAUUUUUGCAACGAAUCGUAAUUGCAGUAAUAGUACUCUAGGAACUUGCAGUAAAUCAACCAUCUGCCAUUCGCUUGUUGUGCCUCAUCCAGAGAGACUUAUCUAA